GAAAGGGAGAGGAUCCUCGGCCAACCUGGUCCGUCCGUUGUCUUCUAGUACUUCCAGACCAGCAGCCGUCCAGUUCGGAGUCACCACAUCCACUACGAGCUCGCAGGUCUAUAAUAAUAGACAACUAUCAGGACGAGCCCCGCGGCCAUUUCCGACAAUUACAGUCUUCCGGUCGCAGGAUAAACCCUAACAUAUCACUAUGGGCGUGGGCUACGAUAGUGACGAGAACACCGUAGAAGAGUGUCCACUGGCCGACGGCCUGCGACUAGUGGCCAAACAAGAAUUGCGAGAGGAUGACGUCAUUAGAACGCACUCGUUGCGAGCAAUGCGCAAUUGGAUCAGGAAACACCCAGACAUCGUCAACUGCCGCACAGACGCACCAUUCCUGUUGAGGUUUUUAAGAACGAAGAAAUUCAGCAUUCCCAUGGCUCAAGACAUGCUAGAACGGUACCUGGUCAUCAGACAACUGUACCCGCAGUGGUUCUCCAAAUUGGACGUCGACGAUCCGGUCAUAUCUGACAUAUUGGACAGUGGAUACCUAGUGCCGUUGCCAGGCCGAGAUGAAUUUGGCAGAUGCGUAAUGUUCUCGUGUGCUGGCCGUUUCGACCCGUACAAGUACACGUCGGCGGACAUGGCUCGUGUGCAUGCUCUGAUCGGCGAGAGCCUCAUGGACGACCCCGAAAACCAGAUCAAAGGGUACAGUUAUGUCAACGACGAAUCCGGAUUGCUGAUGGGACACAUGACGCUCUGGUCUUUUUCCGACUUAAAACGCAUCAUAAGGUGUUUGCAAAGUUCGACACCGAUGAGACACAAGUCCACGUACUUCAUAAACGUUCCGAACUUUGCGGACAAGUUUUUCACGGCCACGGUUUCGUUUUUAAACUCCAAACUCAAGAGCCGAGUCAAGUUCUUCAGCGGCCAGAAAGACAUACAGAAAUUCAUUGAUCCCAAAUACCUACCGAAGGAGUAUGGCGGUGAAAUACCUUUGGCCACAAUGAUAGUCKAGCUGAAAAAGAAACUUCGCGCCAAACGUGAAAUGUUAAUGGCUCUAGACGACAUGAAAAUCAACGUUAAUGGAAAAGGGAAAAUAAUUAGCGAAUUUGACGAUAUGCAAAAAGAACUAACCGGAUCAUUUAGAAAAUUGGAGGUCGAUUGAUGCUUUUUUAUUAAUUUUAUAUUGUUACCAUAAUAUUAUUGUAUAUCCAUUACCACCAUUCGUGAAAAUUUUAUUUGU